UAUACACUGGAUUCCACCAGAAUGCUACAAUGAUUAUUCCCGUGCUGCUAGUUCAACUGCUGCAGAUGUUUAUGCUUUUGGUACCACUUUAUGGGAAAUAUUUUCAUAUGGUGCUAAACCAUUCAGCAAUCUGUCACCAAAAGAGGCCAAAGAAUUAUAUCAGAAAGGGAGCUCAUUGGGCUCCCCUCCGGGCUGUCAUAAAGAAAUUGAAAAAUUAAUAUUUGAAUGUUGGAUUGUUGAUCAAGAUAGCCGUAAACGUCCACAAGCUAUUGUCCGAGAUGUUAACCAAAUUUUAUAUGAAGUAUAUAAUUCAAGAAGGAGUCAUUCAUAUGCCAUCAUUGAUCCUACUGUAACUCCAGUUGUUCGUGGUGAGUCAAUGGUUAAACCACCUACACUUCCUGCUAGUAGACCACCUAAGGAUUCUAAAGAACCUGGUCUGAGUUUAUUAAAGAAUGUAUUUAAAUGGCAAGCUCCAGUUUCCACAGGAAAUUUUGCUUAUAAUUCACUAUCACAGUCAACAAUGAAUGGAUCUAGUGGACAGUCUGCAUGUACCUUUCUAACUGACAUUGACAGAGAAUCACCUGUGGUACCAGUUAACAGUUUAGAUUCAAUUUGUGAAAGCGAAACUGAUCCUGCUCCUGACACAAAUAAUACAAAUUCAGGGGAUCUGUCAUGGGUCAUUGAUAAAGAACAGUUAACUAUCAAAGGAACACUUGGACAAGGUUUUUAUGGAGAAGUUUUAAAAGCUACUUUGACACACUGCAGUGGAUUAACUUCUGAAGAAGUGGCAGUGAAAAGGAUUCGGAUGACUAAUCAGUCACUAGAAUGCUUUACUGAUUUGAAAAGAGAAAUAGAGAUAAUGAAAAACUUGCGACAUAAGAAUAUUGUAGAAAUUAAAGGUCUUGUUGAAGAUCCUGAGACCAUGCUGGUUAUGGAGUACUUGGAGUUAGGCAGCCUUUUAGCCUAUUUGCAGUACCGCAAAAAUAAAUUAAACUGUUCUCAUCUUUUGAAAUUUGCUGCUGAUGUUGCUGAGGGCAUGGAGUAUCUUGAGAAAAAGCAUAUUGUUCACAGAGAUUUGGCAGCAAGAAAUAUUUUGGUAGCAUCUGAAAAGCAUGUAAAAAUUAGUGAUUUUGGCCUAGCUCAAUUUACAGAAGAUCAUUAUUACCGAAUGAGAACUGAAAGAAAUUUACCAAUUCGAUGGUAUGCACUUGAAAGCAUCAGUGAAGGCAAAUUCUCUCAUAAAUCAGAUGUAUGGAGUUAUGGAAUUACAUUAUGGGAAAUGUUUUCUUAUGGUGAGAAUCCAGAAAUACCUGGUGUUCCUGAUACUGCUUUAAAUGAAGCUCUGCAACAAGGUCAUCGUCUAGGCAUUCCACCUGGCUGUCCAGCUCUUGUUUAUUCAUUGAUGAGAACAUGCUGGGAAAAAGAUUCUCAUGAAAGACCAUCAUUUUCAGAAAUCAUCAGGUUAUUGCAGAAUUUGCACUCUGAAUUAUGCCCUUGAAACAAAGAUUUUAUUUGCUGAGUUUAACAGUAGCUUCAAAUAAACUGUUGCCAAAAGGUGUGGUUGUGCAAAUGUAAGCAUGGCAAAUUACAUUCAGAAAUGUGAUAUUUGUAGAGUGUUUUCAAUACUGUUUGUUUUGCAAGUUCCUAAAUGAUAUUUAAAAGUCUGAAACUAAUUUGUGUCAAUUUGAUAGGCAUGAAGAUGUGUUUCAGAUUGGUGAUUCAAAGUGUAAAUAAUCUCUGAUUGUUUUUGAUGGAAAUAUUAACUAGAGAAUGAUUUCAUUCCUUCAAAUACUACAGUCAAAAGUCUUUAAUCCGGACUCGUCGGGACUUCGGCGAUUCCGGAUUAUAGAUCAUCAGUUUAAAUCUGGUAAGAUGGCAUGCAGAAAUUAUAAAAUUAAAAAU